UAUUGUCUCCUAGAGAGUUCUGGCAUCCUCUGUGAUGUCACCAGUGUUGUAGUGACAACCAGUGCCCUAGUUUCUCUCAGUCUGAGUCUGGCAGUUACAAGCUAAGACAUGUUUUCCCGUCUUCGCAAGCGUUCUGGGAGGGGGAACGUCGAUUCUGGAGAGACUAGAGUGAAGGAGUCUAGCCUUUCCUCUCAAAGUAAUGAUGGACAAAGACAGCACUUCUGGGGAAUGUUCAACGCUGGGAGAGAAACAUCUUCCCCUGAAACUGCCCUAAGCGAGAAGCAGGCCAAGAAGGAAAAGGAGAGGCUGAUUAAAGAGCUGCAGCUCAUUACCGAGGAGAGAAAUGACCUGAGAUAUCGCCUGAGGUUUCUGACAGAGAGAUCCAAGAACAACAGGCCACACUUCAGGCCAAAUCCGUAUUACGAAGACCUGGAGAGAAUGGAGGAGGUGGUCAUGUCAAUUCUGCACAACUUAGAGAUGGAGAACACUGAGAUCCAUGAGAACAGCCAUAAGCUGAAGAAGGAGAUUACCUUCUCUAGGUAAGUCCUGGUCAGAAAGGCUAUCACCUGUGGAAUGGCCAUUUCUGAUUUCUUUGUUAUGGAUUGGAAGGUCUUCAGCUAUGAUUCUAUCUCUUGUGCUGUUUACACAUCAGUGUGCCAGGGUCAUUAGGACUCAGUUUUCAGUUCCAUAAAAGACUGUUACUCAUCCCAGGAUUGUCUAGGCAUCUUCAGAAGG